AUGGCUGAAGGAGGCUCCUCCGAGAUGCCUCCUCCGGAGCAGCCGCAGGAUCCGGGGAGCAGCGGCUCCGGCGGAGAGCGGGACGACGACUUUGGGUACGGCCUGUUUCCCGAGAGGAGCCGCGGAGGCGGGAAAAAGCAGCAGUCCAUGCUCUAUAAGGCCGUCUUCACCAAGAACCACAGGUGCCAGGUGAUGCUGCAGAUCGCCCUGGAAAGCAGUAAGUGCCUGGAGGCCGCGUCCCCGCUCUGGCCGCGCAGUGACGGGCGAGCCACUUGCCCUCCGCUCCCAAGGGACCCGCGGCUCCUUCCCUCCCCCUGCCUCUCUCCUAAACACGCUCCCGUCAAUUACUUGCACCUAUGCUGGGUUGCACCGCAGGCGAGGCUCUUAACCGAAAAUUUAGGGGCCUCUACAGGGCAGCCAAGGGCGCUGUGGGUUAAGCCACAGAGCCUAGGACUUGCCGAUCAGAAGGUCGGCGGUUCGAAUCCCCGCGACAGGGUGAGCUCCCGUUGCUCGGUCCCUGCUCCUGCCAACCUAGCAGUUCGAAAGCACGUCAAAGUGCAAGUAGAUAAAUAGGUACCGCUCUGGCGGGAAGGUAAACGGCGUUUCCGUGCGCUGCUCUGGUUCGCCAGAAGCGGCUUAGUCAUGCUGGCCACAUGACCCAGAAGCUGUACACCGGCUCCCUCGGCCAAUAAAGCGAGAUGAGCACCGCAACCCCAAGUCCCUUUACCUUUACACGGCAGCCAAAGCAGUUUUCAUGCCCAAAGUGGGCCUAAACCCCAAUUGAAAUGGCUCUAGAAAAUCAGUUUCCUGCAGGGAUAUUUGGAUCUGGCCCGUGUCCACAUGCUCAUGGAUCUUGCCCAAGAAGGGGAGAUUGGCAAUCCACAAGCAGAUCAUGGAUGAGAGAGGCCUUACUCUGAGCUGACCUGGCACUAGGCAACAGCAGCCACAGACCUGAGAGCUGGCUGAUAGAACAACCACAAUUCCCCAGAUUUUCCCCCUGUCUCUUUCCCAAGAGAGGUCUGUGCAAGCCUAUCCAUGCCUAUUCAGCCCUAGGCAAUGUAGGGGGGCUUACUCCCAGGUAAGCGGGGUUAGGUUGGCAGCCUAAGUCAGACCCUGUUUUGUUGCCAGGGCAGACACCUUCCAUGUCAAGUAGUAGCAAGAAGACCAUUGCCUGUGGAUCAACCACUGGCAGCCUUCCAGCUUGUUCUUUUCAAGAAGUCUAGAAACUGGUUUGCAGUAAUAAACAGUCUAUUACCCAUGGGUAAUAGGCUGCUUAUUACUGUAAACCAAGUGUGUGUGUGUCUGUGCGCACACACACACACACACACAGUCGUACCUUGGUUCUCGAACAAAAUCCAUUCCAGAAGUCCAUUCGACUUCUGAAAAUGUUCAAAAACCAAGGUACUGCUUCCAAUUGGCUGCAGGAGCUUCCUGCACUCAGUCAGAAGCCGCGGAAGCAGCAUCAGACGUUGGGGUUCCAAAGAACAUUCGCAAACUGGAACAUUCACUUCUGGGUUUGUGGUGUUUGAGAGCCAAAACGUACGAAUAGCAAGGCAUUCAACAUCCAAGGUACAAGUGUGUGUGUGUGUGCGCGCGCAUCUAUCUAUCAUCUAUCUAUCUAUAUAUCAUUCUUUACUAGAAAAUACCAAAGUACAAGUGCACGGAGUAAGACACAAAAAAGAAGAAACAAGAAAUAGAAUCCAUGUAGAAAACAAAGCAGAAAAAUAUAUAUUGUGUGCAUUACAAAAAAGGAGGGGGAACCUUGUUAUUCCAGUUAACCAGACCAUAAUCUAAUAUGGUAUUUAUAUAUAAAAAAACCCUAUUCCAAAUACUGUCAAAUUUGCCCAUGGCAAGUCUACGUUUGUAAUACAGCUUGUUCAUGUGUAGCAAGUUUGUUCAUAUCUUCAAUCCAGUCAUUAAAGGGACCCACAUUGUUUCCCUCCUCCAGUUCAUCAGUAACAGUCUUUUUGCUGUCGUAAGGGUGCAGAGAGUCCAUUCAUAUUGUCUGUUUCCCAUUGCCCUUAUUCUAAAGUUUUUGACAUGCACCCAGCUGUAGUUCUGAUCUUACAAAGGUGGGUACCCACAUGGGCCACACUGAAGGCCUGCAAGGGCCACAUGUGGGCUACAGGCUGCCUGUUUGUGGUCUAAAGCAUGUGACCAGUAGCUCAUUUUGUCUGCCCCAAGUUUUGUGCUUAAGAAUAAAUGACUGCAUUGCUUGAUCUAGGUCCAUAUGCUAAACUGCUACUUGAUGCUAUGAAGAAUACUGGCUGGUAAGAUUUUUUUUUUGACCCAAGCUUGUUGCAUGUUUACUGCAUUUGUGUUCCUACUUGAAGAUGACUUUAAUACUAAAAAGCUGACCUGUAUUUGGGCCUUUUAGCACUGUUUUCAAAGAUCGACACUUCUCAUGUGAAGAGUGUGAUGGGUGUGUCAGUGGAGGAUUCGAUUCUUCAACAUCACAGGUAGGUAUGGAGCAAUCUGUUGCAGCAUUGGAAACAUCAGAUAACUUGAUGCUUUGACAUGUUAGCAAAACAAAAUAGUUGCAGAAAAUUAUGAGAUGUUUACUGUUGAACAUUUUGAGUUCAUAGUUCUCGGAAUCAAUGCUUACUCCCCUCUCCCCCAUAGUAUUAUAGUAAAUUAAUAAAAUGAUUGCACAAGCCAGAAGGAUUCAGUUCAAGUGGAGUAUUUAAUUAAAUAGUAUUUGAGCAGUCAGACCUCUUUUGAAUUGGAAAUACAAAUCCACAGGCCCACUCACUGCUCACAGAGAAGUUAUUCCUGUUGGAGUGGAAGGGCUUCUUUUGUUCUAGGCAGCAGACUCACCUGGUAAACUAUAGGCCUUCUACAAAAAGGGAAGACUGUUGGCCCACAGUUGGGACUUAAUCUUGAGAGCUGAUUAGUGGCUUGAAUGGCCUCAAAAUGCAUUUGCGUGGGCUCAUGAUGAGUCUUCAAAUGCAUGAAGCAGGAGUGAGCAGUGAGCCCCUGGGAAGGUGCACUGUCAGUGAAAGCACACCUUCAAAGGGGCUUGCUGAUAAGCACUGAUAGCGAGCCCUCUUGGCUGCAUGGGAAAGUUCUUGAUGGGGAACUCUAGUGCCCAUCUGGUGCUUGCUUUUAGUGCCGGUCAUCUAAUCAGUGCUGUCAGUGAUUUCCCAUCUGCAAAGUAGCAAAUGAAAGCUCAUUUUUGGCUCCCAAUUGUUCCUUUGUAGCUGUGUUCUUACUUGAUGUCAUAUAUGAAAUCAGUUGUAGGGCAAGUGGCUUGAGGAAAAGCUUCAGAGGCCAAUUUGAGACAUGUGUUGGGCCCAUCAACCACCAGAGAAAUACCAGAGGAUGUCUGUCCACAAAGUUCUGCACUUGUCAAUUUCAGUAUAUUUUUGGGGCUUGCUUUAAAAUAGGAUAAAGCCUGUGACUUGUAGAUUAAAUUAUCUUCUGAAUGUCCCCCUUAUUUCCUUUGUAGAUUGUUCUGUGCCAAAACAAUAUUCAUCACCAGUCUCAUAUGAACAGAGUGGUUGCACAUGAGCUUAUCCAUGCUUUUGAUCACUGCCGUGCACAUGUGGACUGGUUCAAUAAUAUCAGACAUUUAGCUUGCUCAGAGGUAAGUUGUAAAUUAAUAGUGCUGCUAAGAAUAUAUUUAACAUCUAAGCAAAAUAUACACUUAUCAGUGCAAUUCUUCUUAGUUUUUUCCUUGGCUUCCCUCCCUCCCCUUCAUUCUAAGUGUGUUUUUGUCAAAAGCGGCAAGAUGGGGAUUGUUCAUGCUGGUCACAUCUAGAAAUUCCAUAGACGUACAUAGUGGAUCACAGGGUCAUUACAGUCGUAUCUCAGAAAUCAAACGCCUUGCGAGUCAAACGUUUUGGCUCCCGAAUGCCGCAAACCUGGAAAUGAGUGUUCCGGUUUGUGAACUUUCUUUGGAACCCGAACAUCUGACGCAGGUUCUGCGGGUUCUGAUUGGCUGCAGGAGCUUCCUGCAGCUAAUUGGAAUCUGCGCUUUGGUUUCCAAACAUUUUGGAAGUCGAACAGACUUACGGUACGGAUUCCAUUCGACUUCCGAGGUUCUGUAUAACAGUUCUGCGAUUUCACUAUUUCAGAAAUUGAUUGACCCAGUGGGUUUUUGUGUAUGUGCUAGUAAGAAGUUACUCCAAUUUAAAAUUAGAAUUAACUAGUGUACAAUGCUAAAACAUAAUAAAGCAAUAUAAAUGUAAGAUUCUAAUCAACGAUCAGUAUCUGGCAUGAUUGAAAAGCCUUUGUCAGUAUUCCUAUUUUAGUUGUUGCAGCUUUAAAAACUGUGAAUGAGAAAAUUCAAACAACCAGCCUGCCUUUAAAAUUUUACUCAGUGUGAAGUAGCAGGGGGCAGGAGAAAAAGGAAACCAGACAUGUCACACGGUCAGAAAUCUUAUAAGUAAGCAAACAGUACUUUUUCAAAGUCUUACUUUGUGUCACAUGUGUUCUUACGGCCUGUUGUCUUGACUGGCAUAUAGCUAGUGGCAUCUUAGCCAGAGAACUGUUGGGAGCCAUGUAAUUAUGUCAGGAAUGGUUGCAGUUCUCCGAGUACUUUAUUUAGUUUUGGUGUCUUUGGUGUGUUUCCCUACAUAGAUUCGAGCUGCUAAUCUUAGUGGCGAUUGCUCCCUCCUAAAUGAAAUGACCCGGUUUAAAUUUGGAUUGAAGCAGCACCAGCAGGUAAGUUGAUGGUGACCUGUAAAUGAAGAGGAGGGCCAGGCUUCCACAGUGUCUCCAUUUGCAGAUGAGGUCCUGUUUAAUUUGGAAAUUCAGAUAUCCGAGAUUCAAGUUACAGGAGUUCUGUUAGGUAUAACAAAGUAUUAUAAUCUGUUGCUGGUCAGAUUUGGUGCAACCUUAUACGGCUGUUCUUCAAGAAGUGACAUUGCUAGUAGACAUCCACAAUAAACAAUGUGACACUGGCUUUUGAGCUUAGCAUCUUGGUGUCUUCCCAAGUUUGUGGAGAAUAUGGGAGAUUGACAGUUGUUCAUUUUGUUUAGUUAGCAAUACAGUGGUACCUCAGGUUACAUACGCUUCAGGUUACAUACGCUUCAGGUUGCAGACUCCACUAACCCAGAAAUAGUACCUUGGGUUAAGAACUUUGCUUCAGGAUGAGAACAGAAAUUGUGCUCCGGCAGCGCGGCAGCAGCAAGAGGCCCCCAUUAGCUAAAGUGGUGCUUCAGGUUAAGAACAGUUUCAGGUUAAGUACGGACCUCUGGAACGAAUUAAGUACUUAACGUGAGGUACCACUGUACCUUUCAAAACACUUUCUGUGGCUUAUUAUUGGUAAUAAUCAAUUUUACUAAGUGUAUCCCUUGUCUAGACUUCGCAGUCUGUGUCCUGACCUUGGUUUUCUUACCUUCCUCAGACCUGCGUAAAAGACAGAGCUGUUCGCUCCAUCUUGGCUGUUCGGAACAUCAGUAAAGAGGUCGCCGAGAAAGCUGUGGAUGAAGUCUUUGAAUCGUGUUUCAAUGAUCACGAGCCGUUUGACAGAGUGCCUCACAGCAGAUCAGAUGCAAAAUAUGCACAUAGAGAUUUCCAAAACCGUGACCGGUACUAUGCAAAUAUAUAG